UUUUUUGUAAAGUCUUCACACGCAAUAUGGCCACUGACUAUAAUGAGCGAAUGGAGUAGGCAGAGCACCCUUCUUUUUAAUGUAAAUAACUUUAUUUCGGCAUCCCAUAUAUAAUAGAGGAAGGAAUGUUCUCAUCUUGUGUCACGUUAUCGUAGAGAGAAGUCUAAUAACGAGUGUAACGUGUGGAAAACAAGGAAUAAACGUAGCAAAUCGGUUCAGAUUGUGAAAUAACACCUUGAACAAUGUCUACAAACACCGAUACAUCUGUCGGACCUGGUGCUGAUGCAACUUUGGGACAGGACCGCCAACCCUCUUCAUCUAACCUUCCAGACUCUAACCCUCAAACUGAUGGUUCUUUGCCCGACAACCAGCAACAGCAGCCACAGGCAACACAGGAGAACCCUUCGCCCCAACCUCAACAAGCUGCUGCACCGGAAGUGGAUGCAGAGCAGGCGUUGCCUAAUAUUCCUGCCGCUCAGAACGCUAACAACGCUAGAGCCAACAAUAAUAACAACAACAACCCGCUUCUCAAUGUAAGGGAUCGUCUCUUUCAUGCCCUGUUCUUCAAGAUCGCUAUCACCUAUGCCAGAGCUUUCCCUCCUCCUGUUCGAAGAUUCUUUGAGUUUGCAAUCCUCCUUAAGGCCUUGACUGCCCUAUUUGUUCUUGCAUACAUUCACCGUACAUUCUCUCGUUCACCAAUCAACUGCCUUGCGGACUAUCGUGACAAGUGGCCGAGGGAUGGUAUCCUGAGAGUUGAAAUCGUAAGGAAUCGCAGUGAUGAAAGUCCCAUAUAUGAAGUCUCGUAUGGGAGAAGGAAAUUAGGAGGCAUGACAAAGAUUGAUGACGAUGAGAUGCAGUAUGCCAAUAUGACUAUGAUGCCACCAUACUGGGAAUACUCAGACGUCUUAAAAGCCGAUGAUGCCUUGCGUAAGCGAGAGGAAGUGAACACCGAUACCAUCCAGACCUCGUUCUUUAAUGGUCUCUCAUGGCAGACAACAAACAUCACAAUUGACAUGUCCGCCACACAAAAGCUGGAGAAAAACAUGCAGCCGUUCCGUGAGACUGUGUCAGAGUUUGAAAUGUUUACAAGAGCAGUUUGGCCAGUAGAUGAGUACAUCAUGGAAUAUUCAUUGGAGUAUGGUUUUCUAAGACUAUCAUCUGGUACGAGAGAGAGACUGGGUAUCCCUGUCAUGGUCAUUCAACUUGAUCCCACACAAGAUGAAUGCUUUGGUGAUUCCUUGAGUCGAUUCCUGCUGGAUGAAUUCCUUGGUUAUGAUGAUAUUCUCAUGUCCAGUGUGAAGAGCUUAGCAGAGUAUGAAGACAACAAAGGUUACCUGCGCAACGUUGUGACGGGAGAGCAUUACCGCUUCGUCAGCAUGUGGAUGGCUCGUUCCUCGUACAUCGCAGCUGGGUUCAUCAUGCUGAUCUUCACCAUAUCUAUCUCCAUGCUACUAAGAUACUCUCAUCAUCAGAUUUUUGUCUUCAUUGUUGACCUACUACAAAUGUUGGAGAUGAAUACAACGAUUGCAUUCCCUGCUGCUCCUCUUCUUACAGUCAUCCUCGCUCUAGUUGGUAUGGAAGCUAUCAUGUCUGAGUUCUUCAACGAUACAACCACGGCAUUCUACAUCAUUCUCAUUGUAUGGGUAGCUGAUCAAUAUGAUGCUAUCUGCUGUCAUACACAGAUCACUAAACGUCACUGGCUUAGAUUCUUUUACUUGUACCAUUUUGCAUUUUAUGCAUACCAUUAUCGCUUCAAUGGGCAGUACAGUGGCUUGGCACUCAUUACAUCCUGGCUUUUUAUUCAACACUCCAUGAUAUAUUUCUUUCACCACUAUGAGUUACCUGCCAUCUUACAGCAAGCUAGGCUUCAAGUGUUGCUACAACGCAACCAGCAUGGUGGUAUGCAUCCUCGUAUCAACAUCAAUAUCAACCUUGGAGAGAAUGCCCAGCAACCCCAGCCAGGCAACACUGAUAGACAGGAGGACAAUAACCAAGGUGGAGGUAAUACAACACCAAAUGGUACCCAACCACAACAGCAACAACAAGCUGCACAACCUGUACCGGGUGUUAAUGUGGCUGCUGUUCAACGUCCAGUGUGGCGGCAACGUCGCACGCUUUUCAGCAUGUACCUUGGGGCGUUGCUCUAUCGGCGGCCAGCAACUGCCAACGCUGCUGUAAGCCAACAAACAGAAGUGGCUACAACUGCAGCAGAGACAGCCACCUCAAACUCAGCAACUCAUGCUACAACAAAUACAGACAAUAGCCUCAAUCAGGAAUCGCCUGAGAGCAGAACUGUCACAAAUAUUAGUGAUUCAAAUCAAAACAAUGCAUCGCAAGGAGAAACUGAAAUUAGUAAUGCUUCGUUGAUGCAGAACUCACUACCGGAGACAAGCAAUCCUGUUUCAUCAAGUACGAGCCAAUCGGACUCUAGUAGACUCGAUACAUCAAAAGGAAGCAGUACAUUAGCAUCAUGUGAAAACCUUUUACCUACAACUCAAACUUUGCCAAGUAAUACACUACAAGAUUCUAUGUUAUUGGAAAGUAUAUCACAAACAUCUAAUGCUACAACUAUUAAAUCUGGUAAUGUUGAACAAUGAUAGUACUCAAUGGUGUAUAUAAAAAGCCAGCUGUAGCAUAGGUAGAUGAUAUAAUUCUGCAGAAAACCUCAGUUAUAUCUGUACUCCUUCUUUUAAAGAUUAAUAUUGGGUUUCUGCAUGAAGGUCUUACAGCUAUCAAUAAUGCAUAUCAUUAGAACCCACUUUCCUGUAAGCUGAGCAUCAUUUCAGAAAGCUUGUCAACUCUAUCAAAUGGUCAUUCUGUACCAUUGUAACAGUCAGAGACCAGAUUUUAAGAAAUUCUUAGUAUGUUUACCCUUUAAUUGAUAAAUCUGAGGUUUCCUGCAGUAUAAAUUUUAUUGAUGUUUAGGUAUGAAAUGGGCAUGUAAAUAUAUAUCUAACCAGUCAAAUUAAUUUUUCUUUGAAGCAAAUUUUGAUGAUUUGAAAUAGUAUGAUCCUCCUAAUUCUUUAUACUACAAAGAAACUGUAGAUUCUUUAUAUCAGUUUUGAGUCGUAAAGCUGCUGAUUAAAAAAGUAAAAAUGUUAAUGAAAACGUGUCAGCGCAUUUUUUUACAAAAUUGCUAAUAUUUUCGUCUCUCUUAACUUUGCAUAGUCUCUCUUGUUUUAUUUUCCGCUCUAACAAUACCUCAGAAAAAUACCAAAUAUUGUAUCACAAUUAAAAUGCGGCUUUUCUAUAUUCAGGAAUAGAUGUCUCACAUAUCACUUUAAUCAAUUAAAUUUCAUGUUAACGACUUCAGCUUAUAAUAUAUUUGCUUUGAGGCUUACAAACAUUUUUACAUUAAUUUCCUGAAAUCAAGGAGAAUUACUUAGAAGCAAGAAUUACAUACCUAGGCUUAUUUUCAGUUCUUGAGGCACCUUAUAUCAUUAUUGAUUCAAUGGCGUUUAUCUUGCCCUCAUACUCAUCAAUACUUAAAUGUUUACACCCUGUAUUAACAGUUAACGUCAGGAAUGCAGAUUAUGUAUCCUUGAUUUAAUUCUUUGGGCAGUUUCAGACCUUUAUCACCUCGCGAUUGAUCACCAAUGGUGAUCAGUUAUAUGUUAUUCCUAUAUUCCUAAGUCAUAUGUUUUCCUUCAGCAAGAAAUUCACCCACAUUGUGCUGCACUCAACCCAGGUGAGAUGAAUGGGUACCCACUAGGAAGAAAUUAUGAAUGCUCAAGUGCCCAAUCAAUGUACCGUGCUAAAGCCAGGGUAAUAAUAUCAUUAUCAUGUUGAGCAUGUCCCAUUGGGAGAACAGUUUUUUUUUUAACUUAAGUGGCUACCCUGAGUAAAAUAUGACCUUAUUUUUGUCUCGCCUGCGUAGCGGAGCGAGACAUAGGUAUCACUUAUUUCCGGCGUCGUCGUCGUCGUCAACAAUUGUGUUGUACACCCAAUAACUUUCUAUAGCUUCGAGGUGGGAUCACCAAAUUCAUACCAGAGGUCCAUCUCCUGAAGGCACAGGUCAAGUUCGAAUAUGAGUCCAAUUGGAAUAAGGUCAAAGGUCAAUGAACUUUCCAUGACUGGCACUGUGCUGUGUUGUACACAUAAUAACUUUGUACACCCAAUAACUUUCUAUAUCUUCGAGGUGGGAUCACCAAAUUCAUACUAGAGGUCCAUCUCCUGAAGGCACAGGUCAAGUUCGAAUAAGAGUCGAAUUUGAAUAAGGUCAAAGGUCAAUGAACUUUCCAUGACUGGCACUGUGCUGUGUUGUACACAUAAUAACUUUCUAUAUCUUCGAGGUGGGAUCACCAAAUUCAUACCAGAGGUCCAUCUUUUGAAGGUGCAGGUCAAGUUCAAAUGUGAGUUGAAUUUGAUUAAGGUCAAAGGUCAAUGAACUUUCCAUGACUGGCACUGUGCUUUGUUGUACACAUAAUAACUUUUUAUAUCUUCGAGGUAGGAUUGCCAAACUCGUAACAGAGGUCCAUCUAAGUCAUAUAGCAUACAUGUAGUUUUGACAUGCAGUCUCUUCAUGACUGCAAUAUGCAGGCGAGACAACGCUUGGCGUUUGCCUUGUUAUCAUCAUUAUUAUCACCCAUGUUGAUUCAUAACCUGUCAUAUCAGAUCUUAUCACCAGUGCACACUUUUGGUAGUUAACAUAUGUUAUGUUCCUCAUUUGCAGCAAUAUGAUAUGUGAUCCAUCUCAAAUGCACAAUACAAAUUGUCCUUGGUAAAGUAUAAAGGGUCAGCGGAAUCAGGGAAUAGGUUUGCUUCAGUCUCUUCCCCCAUUUUUUAUUAAACAAUACAUAUCUGUGAAAAUGACCAUCUGAUUGUGAUUUUAUGCAUAGUCAGGCCCCUCCCCCACCCCAAACAUUCAAAAUCAUUUCAUGCCCCCAGUAUAACAUGCACGAUUUAAAAAUUAGCCCACUGUUUUCUUUCCGAUUCUAAGCUCCAACCAGUCAUAACCAAUCAGUUAAUUAGACGUUACAGAGGCUCAUUGUCCAUAGUUAAAUGGUGGUUGCCAGUGAUGAUUAUAAGUGUUAUCCAUCACAGUUAGCAAUAAACACAAGGGGGGGUGCAGCCAUGACAAAAAGGUGUCACUAUGGGCAAGUAGAGUAACUUAGGUUGGUCAUUUUCAGAAUCUAUUGAUCUUGAUUUUUCCAUAUGCAUAAAGUAUUUUAUCAUAAUUGAAAUAGUUUAUGUAUUGACAUAUGUCUUGUAUCAUUGUGUUGAUAUGUUCUUCCAGGUGCACACUUAUCUUCUAAAAGUCAACAGUAAGCAUCAUAAGAAAAGAAAAUCCUGGAUGACAGCCUUUAAUACAUGUAGUGCACUUUAACCUUUGGCUGUUGUAACCAAGUAGUCCAUGUCUGUUUCUGUUUAUGGUAACUCCCGUGGGAACAUUUAGCUAUUGUAACCAAGUAGUCCAUGUCUGUUUAUGGUCACUCCCGUAGGAACUCGGCAGGACAGCUUUUUGCUGGUAAACGCCAAGCUGGUAUAUAACCAAUUACCUAGGAAACAUUUUACAUCUAGGUUACUAGUAAUCAGUCAUUGUGGCUGACGUUAUAGACGACAGAUUACUACUCUCCAGUCUUUUUAUCAAAGUGGAGACAAUGGCAGAUUCAAACUCACAAUCUUUCGAUUGUCCAACGCUCUAACCAAUGGACCACACGACCCGUGAUUUUGAAACCCAUGAGAAUUGCAGCAUUCAGUGGUCAAAAUUCAUUUCAAAUCCAUAAUCUGUAUACACAUGCAUUGCACAGGGGUGUGAGAGUUCAGAUUUUUAUCUGAUUUCAGAUUUUUUUUUUUUUUUCAGCUUAAUUUUUGGCCUUCCUCUGUACAAAAAGUAUGGGAGCUCUUUCUAUUUCAGACUUUUUCAACACUCUUCAGCUAUUUUCAGAUCUUUUUAUUUUUGACCACUCACACCCCUGAUUGCAAAUAAUUCCAUUAAGGUUUGAGUACGAUUAACAUAUCAUUGACAUUGUAUUUUUUUUAUAUUGGACCUGGAAUACUUGCACAAUUUUUAUUAGAGUUAUCCUAUAACAAUUUAUUGAAGAAAGUAGUUUCGUAGAAUUAAUGUGAUUAAGGAAGAAUGUAAAACCUCAGAAGUAAUUCUUUAUUAAAAGGAUUGCUCUUGAUAUAGAUGAUACAGAAUUUGACACUUUUCUUCUUUGCAUUGUUAUGUGAAUUGUGCAAAAGGACAGACAUGUUUUGAUUGUCUGUAGUUUGUUAUUAACUGUUUAUCAGUUGAAAGCUUCUAUAGGUUCUGUUGCCAUUAUUGUCGGUAGUUAAAUUAAUGAAGUUCUGAAAAGUUACUUCAUUCAAUUUGGGGGGCAAUCAAAACAUUUUUUUCAAGUGAUAUCAUCUGAAUAUGUUCUGUAUUACUCUGUAUUCAAACUCAAACUUUAUGAAUGAGCUCAUAUUGACUAGGUGUUUCCUGAACAGUGUGAAAAAGGUGCUAGAUAUAUUUUUUUUUUCAUAAGAAACUAGUCAUAUUUUCAGACAUUUAAGAUUUCACUGAUUUCUCGAAUAACCUGUUGUAAUUAAUAGUUCAUACAAAACAUUCGCCUUAAAUUUGUAAUAUUUCUGUUUGAGAAGUAUAUCAAUUUGUUGAUAUUGUAGAGGGUCCGGCUUUGUUUUCUUCCUUGUGUAUGCUCAGUAUUUAAAAGGGACUGGCAACUGCAUGACCCCAGUGAAGAAUGUUCCUUCUAAUUUAAGAAGACUACUAUUUUAGAAAAUGUGUCCCAUGUCGAGAAAUCAUCUCAUUUGGUUGUUGAACACUAAUUUUCUCUCAAGUUUUACAUGCCUUGAAAUUGUUACAAGUAUAUAUGCACUUUUAAGUAAAAGCAUACUAUUCAUAAUACUUUAUUGAUCGAUAUGCUCUUGCACCAUGUUGUUGAAAUCACUCAUAUCCCUUACAUACACUAGAUGGUCCCAUCUUUGAAUAUGUGUUUUAAAUUGUAAAUUCCCCCUUUCAGAUAUAACUCUUCAAAAUCACUUUGUCCGUUUUGCAUGGAGCCAAAACAAUAAUAUUUUGACAGGUGGAUAAAGCUUCUCAUAAAACUGAACACUGAUGUGUGCAGGUGAUUGAAUCAUGCCAUUAACUGUGCACUGUAUGAGAACAUUGAUUUUACACUUUUUUGUUGAUAAAAUAAUUCUUUGAUUAAAAUAUGCAUUUAUUAUAUGUCACAA